GUCUUUGUUGAGAGGGGAAUAAUUGGAAUAAUGGCUAGUAACCAAAAGAGAGGGUUCUUGUACAUUUAUAAAGCUGGAAUAACAGGAAAUCAUCAUCAGAGAAAGAAAGAUGAGGAUAAUCAAGGCAAGAAAUCCAAUUCAUCUAGAAGUUGGUUGCAAAGGCUUACCAGAACUCGAAAUUCUUCAAAUGCUGAAAAGAUUGUUAUUGAAGAAGGUGGGUUUGUGGAAGCCAGAAAUUCAACAUCAUGCUUGGAGUUAGGAGGAGGAGGAGGAGGAGAAGGAUUUGUAGAGGGAAGAAAAUCAGUAUCCAAAGGAGUGAUAUUUGAGGAGAGAAGAAAAUCAGUGUCUCAGAUUGAGGGAGAUUUUGGAGGAGUAGAAAAGGUUGUUGUUGAUGAAGGAAGAAAAUCAGUGUCACAGAUUGAGACAUUGUCAUCAGUGGCAGCAUAUCUUCAGGUUAAGGUUUUGGUUUCUGACAUGCCAAGUUUCAUGCAACUGCAUGCUUUUCGUUCUGCUAGAAGAACCUUUGAUAGCUUGGAACAGUUUAGUUCUAAACACAUUGCUCAUAACAUUAAGAAGGAAUUUGACAAAGCUUAUGGUCCGGUGUGGCAUUGCAUUGUAGGUUCAAGCUUUGGUUCUUUCGUGACGCAUGCAACGGGUUGUUUUCUUUAUUUCUCAAUGGAAAAUUUGUAUAUUUUACUGUUCAAGACCAAAGUUAAGAAGACCUUGGGUAAAGGUACAUGUUAAUAUAAUAUCAUAUAAUUAUUAUAUAUAUAUAAAUAUAUAAGAGUUAGCUGCUAGCACAUCCACUUUUUAUGCUGGCAAAGUUAUUCAAAUUUCUUG